AUAGGGCUAUUGUUAAAAGUGAUCGACUGAAGAAAUUAGCGAAAGUGAUAUAAAAACAUUUCACUGUAACACAUGCUUAAACAUUUUUUUUCAGAUUUGCUGGUUCAUCGCGGGUAAAUAUUUUAAUGCAUAUUUGCGAGUGGGUUCAUAUGCAAUAUCUCGCAUUAUUAUUAUAUCCUAAACUAUGUUUAUUAAUAUGAAAUAUUGUCUGUUUCGUUCGAAUCUCAAUAAGGCUUAGUAAUAAUAUUCCAGGUGUUAGUAUAAAAAGUUUAUUUCUAGAUAAAGUUGUACGUUUGGAGAGGUUAUUAAACGUGUAUUGUUUUUAAAAGUUUUUUUAAAGGUUGGAUUUCAUAAAGCUGAUCAACCCUUUGAGUGCAGAUUAUCCUAAACUAUUGUAAUUGUCGCUAAUGUUCAUUCCAACGGGAAAGUGAAUGAUGUUGGAAAAACGAAAUUAUUUAAUCUAAUCUACUUGUGACGUAUUAAACAGGUCACAGUUCAUAGUUGAAGCGUUUCAUCCUCCUUUGAAGAGUUUUCAAUUUCACAAGAUGGCUAAGAUUUGUAUCUUAUUUGCGUUUCUGUCGCACCUAUUAUGUACCAUGGUACAUGGAACAACUUUAUGUUCGGAAUACUUCACACUUGCAAUCAACCCUGAGACAGGCAAGAUAUAUGGUCGGAUCGAAAUCAUUUCUCCGCCAGAAAAUGACGACCUUUAUUUAAAAGUAGCCUUAAACGCUACCGCUGAUUCUCUGGAUGGGUUAUUUCAAUUAGAAUUGGCACGACCGAUAAAAGACACCAUUCAAGCUGUUCAAAAAGGUAGACCUUUGGUGUAUCAUAUUAAUUUUCCUUCGGGCGCAAAAUUUCUAACAUUAUCUGUGAUAUGGUUCAACAAUCGGAAAUAUUGUAUCGGCCCCGGAGCGUCAAGUGGAAACAUCGUAGCCAAUAUCGAAUUGGGGCAUAUUGUGUACCUUCCGAACGAAGAACCACUGUCUCAGGAUUUUCAGCCGUGGCAUCGAAAUUCAAGUAACUACCGCAUAGACAAUCCGUACUACAAUAGCAACGCCGAAUGCGGUGUUACCAGUUACUACACCGAGAGCACAAAUAAACUGAUCCCCGAUGGUGAGACCUCAUUACCAGGCCAGUGGCCCUGGGUAGUUGCAAUCUACCUUACUGAUAGAGAUGGGCUUCAGAGAUCAUACUUGUUUCGAUGUUGUGGGUCACUUUUAACGAACAGACAUGUAUUAACAGCGGGGUACUGUAUGAAACUGUACUUAUUGGGCAAUAACGAAACAGUACCCGUCGAUAUAUUGGAAGUGGUUCUGGGACGAUAUAACUUGGACCCAUUGCGCGGAGAUGGAUCUGCCAAUCGGAAAGUCGCGAGCUACGUGAUUCACCCCGAUUAUGUGCACUUUAUCAAAGCUUCUUCCGAUCUCGCGGUUCUGACCCUCACGAACGUCGUCGAGUUCAAUCCUCUCAUCAGGCCUAUUUGCCUAUGGUCCGGCUCAAGUAAACUUGAAGACGUCGUUAGUAGGACGGGAUAUGUCGUAGGAUGGGGUGGAGACAAGUUUCGUAAUGUUAACGAUCAACGGAUGGUGAGAACGACGAUCGUGAGUCAAGAGACCUGUCUCUGGGCGGAUGCUAAAUAUAUUCAUAUAAUCUCGCAUGACACUUUUUGCGCUGGUUCGCAAGAAGGACUAGCUCUUUGUGAAGGUGGCGGUGGGAGCGGGUUGAUACUUCUAAACAAUAGUACGAACAGUUAUGAGUUGCGUGGUGUUGUUUCGCGAUCUCUAGUCAAUGAAAGUUUGUUCUGCGGUCAACAGAAAUACAUCGUUUAUGUUGAUGUGGCCAAAUACAUACCCUGGAUUCAACAACAUAUUUCGAUAUAACGUUCGCCUUGCGUUGCAAAAUGCUGUACAUGUUAAUCUAUAAGUUUCUUUGUGUAAAGUUCAAUGAAAACGCAGUACUUAUGUACUAGUUACGCGUGAGGAUUAAACAGGUAUGAAUUCUGUUUUUGGUUAUUGAUGCCUCUUGUAAUGUGUCUCCAAUCUGUGUACAAAACGAUAUGAAUAAGCUGUUACACA